CAUAGAUCAUAUGCUAUUUGAUUGGCCCAACUAAGAGCCGAGGAUAGACGUGGGAUUGGCCGCAAUUGGUUUUAGACUUCCUCAUCUGAGAAUCAAUUAUCCAUUCAACCUUUCGCUAUUGUAAACCUCUGGUGAGGGCAUCAACGUUAGUCUCAAGUCUUUGGUCAAACGUGACUGUACUGCGCCGUCUGAAUCCAUAGCAAGUUAGAAUUUCCGUCGCAUACCAGUAUCCUAAUAUCUCCGAACAAUGAAUGCACAGAGAGUUGGCCUCCGGGCUCUACGGCAAGCCGCCGUCAAGAAGCCCAACGCCCUCUUCUUUGAGAACCUCCCUCGCCUUGCCCUAGCUACGAAUGCCGCAAGCCUACAGAUCAGAAGCGUAUCAACCCAAAAGCUUUCCGAGACCGACGCCCAAUCCCUGCUCGCGGCACAACGACGCCAGCGCCCUGUAUCUCCUCACCUAACAGCCUACGACUAUAAACAGACGUGGUUCGGUGCCUCGAUCUGGACGCGUAUCACCGGGCAGUCUCUUAGCGUGUCCUUCUACGCCUUCUCGCUCGCCUACUUAGUUGCUCCUCUGACCGGUUGGCAUAUCGAAUCCGCUACUCUAGCCUCAGCGGCCGCCUCUCUUCCUCCCGCCGUCCUUACCGGCCUCAAGACUCUUGUCGCCUGGCCCUUCUUCUUCCACUUCGCAAACGGUCUCCGCCAUCUCACCUGGGACAUGACCUACGGCUUUAACAAGACGACUAUCCAGCAGACCAGCUAUGCCGUCUUGGGUGCUAGCUUAGUCGCUACCCUAGGUGCUGUUUUCCUACUAUGAUCCAUAUGAGGUGUUACAAGAACAAAGGUUACGGGAUAUGCUGGUACGGACAGUGGCUGGUGCGUUCGAAUUGGGGGCGUUG